CGAAGUUCAUCAAUUGUGCGAUCAAGGGAAGUAAAAGUUACAAAUUCUUUUUGGGAUUGGAAUUGGAAUUGGAAUUGGGGAAAGAAAAAGCGAAGAUGAAGAUGAAGAUGAAGAAGAAGACGAAAGGAGGGAAGGCGAUGAACCCUACCGAUGUCUUCCGCAAAGAGCAACGACAGAAAGAACUGUUCCGUAACAAGUUAGUGAGAGAUAAAGUAAGAGAGGUGGGAAUUUUGAAGAAAGAUCCUGAACAAAUCAAGGAACAGAUCAGGAAACUCGAUAUGUCAAAGGCUGAAGGUGCUUUGGACAAAGCAAGGAAACAUAAAAAGAGACAACUUGAAGAUACAUUGCAGAUGGUUGUGAAGAAGAGGAAGGAACAUGAGGAGAAAAUGAAGGAGCAGGGGAAGCCUACAACCUCUGUUAUGUUCAGCCACCUACCCCAACAACGAAGAACUGGCGAGGAGGAUGCAAGAUCAAGGAACCUAACACCACAAGAUUCUGUUUAUUAUCAUCCUACAUUGAACCCGACUGGUGCCCCUCCCCCUGGAAAGCCACCCAUGUAUAAAUCCUCAAUAGGACCUGGAAUCCCCUUAGAUGGUGUUUCCUCUAUCCGUGCUGCAUCGUCUUCAAAUACAGAGUCAGAAGAUGCCGAAGUGACUGCUCCCCCGCCUCCACCUCUCGUAAUAGAUGGCAGUAGCCCAGGCUCUACUUUGCCUCUUCCACCUCCACCUCCGUUGCCUCCAAACCCUCCUGUUCCAACUACAGGACUUGCUUUUCCACCACCGCCGCCUGGUCCCCCACCAAAUGAGCGGGUUUCGGUUCGUCCUCCUCUUCCGCCACCUCCUCCCCUGCCUCAAUCUUCCCAACUACCUCCACCUGGACUUACUGGAAGUGAAACUGAUAGUAAUGUCCUUCCCUCAUCAGAUCAAACCUUCAGCGACCAUAAGGUCUCUACUGUGACUUUUAUCCCUCCUCCUCCGCCUGGGCUUCCCCAGAAACCUGUAAGCAAUGGAUCUGAUGGUGGUCCAUUAAAUUCUGAUACUACUAGUAGCAAUCUUCAAGAUGCUAACUUCUCAACAAUGGUUACACCACCACUCUUACCUCAACAGCACCAACCAGCUUUACUCUCUAAUUUACAGCCUGAUCUUCUGCAUCCAGGGAUAUUACACUUUCCACCGCUGCCUCCAGAUAUGUGUCCCCCUCCUGGACCCGCUCCUCAUGGAAUGUUGGGUCAUCAAGGAGUCCCAAGGCUGCCUUAUGCUCGACCACCUCCUAUGAUGAGACCGCCACUUCCUCGAGGACCGCCACCUAAUGUUCAAGAUGGACAUGCAAUGAGUAGGCCAUAUGUGCCACAAAAACCAUCUUAUGUAAAAGCUGCUGCUCCUACGGUUGUCAAGAGACCACUUGCUCAGCAUACACCUGAGCUUACAUCCAUGGUCCUUGCAUCAGUUCGGGUCAAAAGAGAGUCAGCAGCUACAACCAAACCAAAGCCAAACACUCUGAGAGCGAGCACCCUGGGAUUUACACCAAGGACUAUUACAACUUAUGCUGCCCUGGUGAAGCCAGCGUCGGCCACCAACACAUCAGCACCGUCAAAGCCACAGAGCAUCGACGCCUCUUAUUCUGCUUUCUUGGAGGAUAUGAAAGCUCUAGGAGCACUUGAUGGCUAGAAUAGAAGCUAUGAGACUGCAUAAGGAGAUGAAGCAAUUUCUUUAUGGAUCAUAUUAUUAAAACAUUUCAGUAGUAAAAAAUGAAACUAGACGACCUCAAUGAUUGUAGAUUCCACAGGAGAAGUAAAGAUUGUUUAUCUUCUUCACCUUUUGUAUUCAUUCACCAACUCUCAAGAGUUUGCCUCUCCUGAUAUAUACAGCAACUCUGAAGAGUGCCUCUUAAAAGAUGUUUUCAAGUAAAAGCUAAAACACUUUGAGAAUA